AUGGCUCGAAACAAGCAAAGAAACAACCAAUGGAACAAGAAGAACAGCAAAUCUACUCCGACUGAAAAGAAGAAGAAACCACAACCGGCUGAGAAAAAAUCAGCCUACGAUGUAUAUAUUGCGGCAUUCUUGAUUAUGCUAAUAGCAUUCCUUUACUGGGUCAUGGAAGCAACAAAAUCUGACUUGAUGCAGAAAAUCGAAGCGGAGGGCACGAGCGAAGAAGAGAAAGCGGAGCUUGUCAAAGAGUUGGAAAAAAUUGUUAAAUACGAGGAAUGGACUGUGUUCGACUCAUUUGGAAAUUAA